AUGGGGGGCGAUUCGCCCCUCUUGCAAAAAUGUCACCCACAAACGAUCCUGCUAUACGAACCCGGUUUGUACCAGCUAAUAUGUAGCUCAAGACUCCCAAUAGUAGAGGCCUUUCAGGACUGGGUAUUCACUGAGGUGCUUCCAUCUAUCCGUAAACCAGGCCCAUACACACUACCAGAUAGAAGGUCACUCAGGCAUAACCAAAUGAUCCUCAUAAACGAAACGGACCUUCAUUAUACAGUCGUGAGUUACAUUAGGAACAACCACCCUAAGGCUGUAAUAGUACCCAGUCUUGGGGAGUAUCAGGAUACGGUAUCAAAAAGAUGUGAUGCCUGGAAGAAGGGCUAUAAAGGUGGUCAGCUGGAUCUCAUCAUAGAAAAUCCUAUGGAGGAGUACACAGGAUUCGCAAUUGACUUUAAGUCUCCUAAGGGCACUGGGAUUACAAGUGAGAAGCAAGCCUUAUGGCUCAAGAGACUGAGGGAAAUAGGGUACAUGACAAUGAUAUCCGAUGACUUGAUACAAAUUUGUAUCAGAAUUAACGAGUACUUCUCACUUAAGAAAAAAGUUAAAACAGUAAGGGUGAAAAACGCAGUCAGCGAGGUAAAGCUGUACAAACAAAAGUUCACAUCACACAAGUACUAG